AUGAGCGUCCCUCUUCUAGAUGCGUCCCAGCUCGGAGCCGGAGACGAGGCUCGUAAGCGUUUUCUCGACCAUCUCCUCCAGAGCUUUCACGACUACGGAUUCGUCAGGUUGAUCAACCAUGGCGUCCCAUCAGACCGCGUGCAGGAGAUGUUUGGCUGGGCAAAGAGGAUUUUCGAACUCAACAAAGAGCGCAAGCUGGCAUGCGAGAACAUUGCUGAUGGGAGCCCCCAGCGAGGUUACAGUGCGAUAGGUGCGGAAAAGACGGCCGCAUUGUUCGGCCACUUGGUAGGCCAUGAUGUCGACGCAAACUUGUACGAUGCGAGAGAGCACUUUGACUGCGGGUCUCCCAAUGAUGCAGAAUACGCCAACCGAUGGCCAGAGGACCUCCCCGGAUUUCAACCGGCGAUGGAAUCAUUUUACGCACUCAUGGCAGAUUGCACGCGAACCCUGAUCGCGGCGCUGGAAGAAGCUCUCCAUGUCCCACAGGGUACACUGAACGGGAAUAUCUCAUCAAAGACGCAUAGUGCCAGUGAGCUGAGGCUGAACCACUACCCCCCAAUUGCGAUGAACACGCUUCGAACCGGCCAGGUGUCGCGAAUCUGGCUGCACUUCGACCUGGGCGUGAUUACAUUGCUGUUCGCGAGCUCGGUGGGAGGGCUGGAGGUGGAAGAUCGCAACGCGCCGGCCCAGCAGACCUUUAUCGCUGUAAACCCGGAAAGCGAGGCCGAGCUUGUUGUAAAUAUCAGUGAGACGUUGCAACGCUGGACCAACGACGAGUUACGCGCUGGCUUGCAUCGAGUGAGCUUCCCUACCCAACUCGAUCAGAACGGAGGCGAUGUCGAGAUCCCUGCUCGGUAUAGCAUCGCCUAUUUCUGCAAGGCAGAUAGACAGGCAUCGCUGGGUUCACUCCCAGCUUUCACCAGGGGAACCAAGCCGCUGUAUCCCGAUAUUACGGCUCUGGAAUACCACCGCUCUCGGCUGCAGACGGCCUACUAA